GCUCCAAAGCCCAAACACCCGCUCCCCCCAAAUCCCCUCCCUGAACCCUAGUAGUCGCGGGAGAGCUCAAGCUCGAGCUCGCUAGCCAUGGCCACGACGAGCGACCCCACGGCUGACCCCGCCCUACCCACCGAGACGGCCGAGGGCGACGCCGUGCAGGAGCAAGAGCACGGCAAUGGCGCGGCAGCCGCCCCCGCCGUGGUGCUGCAGCAGCAGGGGCAGGGGGAGGAGGAGGAAGAGUUGAUCGGGCCGGGCCCGGCGCCGGCAAGGCAGCGGCAGAAGCGCCCGCUCCAGUUCGAGCAGGCCUUCCUCGACGCGCUCCCCUCCGCCGCCAUGUACGAGAAGAGCUAUAUGCACCGGGAUGUUGUCACCCAUGUCGCAGUCUCCCCUGCCGACUUCUUCAUCACCGGGAGCGCAGAUGGACAUCUUAAAUUCUGGAAGAAGAAACCGAGUGGGAUUGAGUUUGCUAAACAUUUUCGGUCCCAUCUCAGUCCUAUCGAAGGUUUAGCUGUUAGCGUUGAUGGCUUACUUUGCUGCACAAUCUCCAACGACCGGUCUGUCAAGAUAUAUGAUGUUGUAAACUAUGACAUGAUGUUUAUGAUGCGUCUCCCAUUUGUCCCUGGGGCGAUUGAGUGGGUUUAUCGACAGGGCGAUGUUAAGCCGAAACUUGCUGUUAGUGACAGGAAUACAUCUUUCAUUCAUGUAUAUGAUACCCAUUCUGGUUCAGUUGAUCCCGUCAUCUCCAAAGAGAUUCAUUCUGGCCCUGUAAAAGUUAUGAAAUAUAAUCAUGCCCAGGAUGUCGUUGUAUCUGCUGAUGCCAAAGGACUCUUGGAAUAUUGGUCCCCAUCUACCCUAAAGUUUCCAGAAGAUGUGGUGAACUUUCGUUUAAAGACAGACACAAAUCUGUUUGAACUUGCAAAAUGCAAGACAAGUGUGUCUGCUAUUGAGGUGAGCAACGAUGGCACUCAGUUUGCUGUCACAUCCCCUGAUCGCAGGAUAAGGGUAUUUUGGUUCAAAACUGGAAAGUUAAGACGUGUAUAUGAUGAGUCCCUUGAGGUGGCACAAGAUCUUCAGAAAAGUGAUGUUCCAUUGUAUCAUCUCGAUGCUAUUGAUUUUGGGCGAAGAAUGGCUGUUGAGAAGGAAAUAGAGAAGACAGAAAAUGUUCCACAGCCUAAUGCUGUCUUUGAUGAGAGCAGCAACUUUCUUAUUUAUGCCACUCUUCUGGGCAUAAAGGUUGUAAAUUUGCACACGAAUAAGGUUUCCCGUAUCCUGGGAAAGGUAGAGAACAAUGAGAGGUUUCUGAGAAUUGCUUUAUAUCAAGGUGACAAAGGGAAUAAGAAGGUUAGGAAAAUUCCUUCAAUAGCUGCCAAUGUCAAUGAUAGCAAGGAGCCUUUAUCAGAUCCUACUUUGCUCUGUUGUGCGUUCAAGAAACACAGAAUAUAUACCUUCAGUCGUAGAGAACCUGAGGAGCCUGAAGAUGCAACCAAGGGUAGGGAUGUUUUCAAUGAAAAACCACCACCCGAGGAGCUUUUGUCUGUGUCAGAAUUAGGAAAGACUGCUACGACAUCACUACCUGACAAUUUGGUAUUUCACACUUCUAUGGGUGAUAUUCACUUGAAACUAUAUCCAGAAGAGUGUCCAAAAACCGUGGAGAACUUCACUACUCACUGUCGGAAUGGCUAUUAUGACAAUCUCAUAUUUCAUCGUGUAAUUAAAGGAUUCAUGGUCCAGACUGGCGAUCCUUUGGGGGAUGGCACUGGAGGGCAAUCAAUCUGGGGCAGGGAAUUUGAAGAUGAAUUUCAUAAAAGCUUGAGACAUGACAGGCCAUUUACACUUUCAAUGGCUAAUGCGGGACCGAAUACCAAUGGUUCUCAAUUCUUUAUCACCACUGUGGCAACUCCAUGGCUAGAUAACAAACAUACAGUGUUUGGUAGAGUUGUAAAAGGGAUGGAUGUUGUUCAGCAAAUUGAGAAGGUGAAGACCGAUAAAAAUGACAAGCCCUAUCAGGAUGUGAAGAUCUUGAAUGUUACAGUUCCCAAGACAUAAGCUCCCUCCUAAUCAAUUGACCUCCUGCAGGGUUGCUGCCUUACUGGUUGUUCACUGACCUGUCUCAAGAUAAACGUGCUUUCCUCGACUCUUGUUAGAAGCGCUGCUGUUUUCUGCUCUGGUGCUUUGAAUUUAUACCCUUCACCAUCGCCCCGAGGGAGUAGAACCGUGCAACUUGUGUCCUGACGAUGUCUUCAUCGUCAAAGUUAAUAGCGAUCCUAACAUUUCAUCGCUGUCUGGCAGAAUCAUUUCCCUAAGUCUGCAGGCAAAAAAAACUUUUAAACAGCUGAGUUGUAGUGCAGGAGGAUAUGAGGAUGAAUUUUUUUCCCCAGCACGUGGCAUGUGUAAUCUUGUAAUUUGAUGAGAAUAGUUAAUAUUGGAGAAUGUUGAUGUAAUUCCCUGGGGUGGUUAUAAUUGUUUCUUGGCAUUUAGGAUUGUUGUUGGACUGGACCAUACAUACAGUUGCAAAGUUUAAAACUCAUCUUUGCUGCAGUCGGCGCGUGUGGACGCUGACGUUUCAACUGGUGAA